AUUAACCGCUGCAGGUUUAAUAAAAGUGUCGCUGUUGUGGUUUGAAUGUGGUCGUGGACGCAGAGACGCUGACCGCCUGCAGGGGGCGUCGUCCCGCACACAGGCUCCAGUCAUGAGCCGGUCAGAGUGCAGGAGUCACUAGUUCGGGUCGGACAAGGAAUGUAAAUGUCUGAGGACAAGGAAGCCCAGGAGGAUGAGCUGCUUGCUUUAGCAAGUAUCUAUGAGGAGGAGGAGUUCCACCGGGCAGAGUCUGCUCAGGGGGGAGAGAUCCAGCUGUGCCUGGAGCUGCCUGCUGACUUCAGAGUGGUUGUCAAAGGAGAGAAGCAAACUGAAUACCAUGUCUGCUUCUUACCUCCUCUGGUGCUCAACUUCGAGCUUCCUGCAGACUACCCAUCCACCUCCUCACCUGUUUUCACUCUCAGCUCUAAGUGGAUGACCAGAGCACAGAUGAGCUCUCUGUGCAGGCGCCUGGAUGAGCUGUGGGAGGAGAACCAAGGCUGCGUGGUUCUCUUCACAUGGAUCCAGUUCCUCAAAGAGGAGGCUAUCGACUUCCUGGGCAUCCAGUCUCCUCUUGAAGUCAUUAGAGGAGGAAGUAAGGCAGGUGGUGAGCGCAGGAAAACCGACCCGGCAGCCACAGCUCCGACUCAGUGUGAAAGUCAUCCUGAGAACACGGAGGAGAAAAAAAGGAAAGUAAAGAAGGAGAAGUCUGAAACAGGACUGGACCCGCGUGCUGUUCUCACCAUGGACCCGUGUGCCGACCUCCUACUUCAGCUCCUGGACUUUGACGAGGCGCAGCGGCAGAGGGUGUUCGAUGCCAAGGUGUUCUGCUGUGGGAUCUGCUUUUCAGAGAAGCUGGGCUCCAGCUGCCUCUGCUUCAAGGAGUGCCAGCACGUCUACUGCAAGGCCUGCAUGACUGAAUACUUCCAGAUCCAAAUACGGGACGGCAACGUUCAGUGCCUUAAUUGCCCUGAGCCCAAAUGUACCUCGUUAGCUACACCGUUGCAGGUGAAGCAGCUGGUGAAUGAAGAGCUGUUUGCCCGUUAUGACCGUUUGUUGCUCCAGUCCAGUCUGGACCUCAUGGCCGACGUGGUCUACUGUCCCCGCCAGUCCUGCGGCACUGCUGUGAUGGUGGAGCCGGACACCACCAUGGGCAUCUGCUCCGCCUGCCAGUACGCUUUUUGCACACUGUGCAAGCUCGGCUACCACGGCCUGUCCAACUGCAGAAUCAAUGCAGAUGAGUUGCGUAACCUCAGAGACGAGUACCUGUCGGCCUCGACUGAGGGGAAGAAGUUCAUGGAGCAGCGCUUUGGGAAGAGGGUGAUCCAGAAAGCAGUGGAAGAGUCCUUUAGCAGAGACUGGCUCAAUGAAAACUGCAAAGGCUGCCCACGCUGUGGAACCAAUAUACAGAAAGUGGACGGCUGUAACAAGAUGACUUGCACCUCGUGUAGACAAUACUUCUGCUGGUUGUGUCUGGGCCUGCUCAGCAAAGUCAACCCGUACAGCCACUUUAACAAUCCUCAUUCACCCUGUUACAACCAACUCUUCCAAGGUGUGGAUCUCGACGAGGAAGAUGCCUUCUGGAGUGACGAGGAGGAGGACUGACUCCAGAUCAGUGCCUCGCUGCUGUCUGCUCCAUGUGAAUGCACUUUAUCUCACAUCACCAUCACUCAUCAUGCAGCAGUAGCAUGACGGUGCCACCACAAUCAUGUACCAUCAUCUAUGUUUUGAAUACGGUAGAAAACAGUCGAUGUCUGCGUGGAAAUGAUUCAUAUUCUGAAUAUAUAUGACAUAGAUGACAGAUGUCAGGUUUGAAACGUUGAUCAGGAAGAGAAAUAGCAGUUAAGAUUAAAAAGGGGAGGAAAGCUUUGGCCGUUUUGGCAUAAAAUCCUUUUUCUUUUCUUUUUUAAUCACUCUUUUGGUUAAAAGCCUCAAGGAAACAAAAGUUCACAGGACGAGGCAUUUAAAUCAGAAAGCAGAAGGAUGAAUUUCUCUUUGUUAUACAGUUGACGGAUCUUAAUGAUGAGACUGGACCACAGCUCAGUUUGGUCAGUUUCAGGAUUUUUACUUUCAGCACUGAGUCCUGAGAGUUUCAGGGAAGAGAAGGACUGUUCAUGUGUCCUGUCAGGCGUCCUGCUUCUAAAAUGAAAUGUCUACGUCUCUGACUCUGUCUUGUGUCAAAACUAACUUCUCUUCAGACCUUCAGGGUAGAUGAUCUAACCACACACACACCUGAUUAAUUAGAAUAAAAAGAGGUUUCGUUUGUUUCAGCUGAGGGUUGUUUUUAGUUCUCAUGUGUUUUCACAGCUUGUAAUAAAAGUCAGGUGGGCUGAAAAUGAGA